CCCGAAUAGAUAGAUAGACCUACCUAAAAUUAUUCUGGAAAAAUUAAAAAUUCGGUAUUACUAGCCAGUAAACACCAAUGAGUACGAGCUCCAAGCCUGAUGAAAGUCGUCGAGGAAGCUCCAAUAAGGAUGGAGAUUGGAUCUGUCCCGAUGCUGAUUGCAAGAAUCUGAACUUCGCCCGACGCAGCCAAUGUAACCGGUGUGGUGGUGACCGUCCUUAUGGUUCCGAAAAGAGUAGUAGUAGCAGCACCGGAACCAAUAAUGACUCCCUUCCCAGCACUGGCAGCAAGAAGAAGGUUGGCAUUGAAAUUGGGAAAGUUGCAGCGGAAAAAUCCAGAGGAUUAUUUAGCGCUGAAGACUGGCAAUGUAGCAAAUGCGCUAAUGUAAAUUGGGCUCGACGUCAUACUUGUAACCUUUGCAAUGCUCCUAGAUUUUGCGAGGUCGAAGAAAGAACGGGGUACGGAGGAGGUUACAAUGAUCGAGGAGUUGUAGAAUACAAGGAUCGUUCUGAAUCAGAUGAUGAGUACGACGAAUUCGGUCGCAGGAAAAAGAAAAGAUCAGACAGUAAUUCUAGAUUCAGGUCUAUUAGUGAGAAUAUAUCUAAAAAACUAUAUAAAAAAUCACGUAAUGAUGAAGAAGAAGACGACGACGAUGAUGACGACAGUGGAGAUCUGUCGAAAUACGAUCUUUGGGGAUCCGAUACAGAAGAUAAUCGUAAAAAUGUAAAGCAAUCGGAGACUAAGCCCCGCAAAAGAAAACAAACUUUGAGCUCCAGAUCAUCUAGUUCAUACUCUAGAUCAAGAUCAAGAAGCCCACGCAGCCACAGUGAUUAUUCCCGAAACCGUCAGGACCACUACCGAUGCAAACGUUCACGAUCCAGAUCAAAUUCGCCACGCAACAAACACCACAGUUCAUCUUAUUAUCGUCGCUAAUUUUCGCCAUACUACCAAAAUAAAUCUAUUUUCGCUAAUAUUGCUCAUUGAAUUCAGCCCAACGUUAUAUUAAUACUUAGUAUUUUAAUUUAACCAACU